GUGAAAGCUGUUUUUGCGUCCACACAAACCGAGGAAGAAAACAGUUUCUUUGACAUAAAGUAACACCAUGGCGGCGUGGAAACACCGGAAGGGUUAAAAAGGAGUCACACGGGCGUCAAAUAGGGACAUGAAUGCGAGGCCUUGAUGAGCACCCACGGGUGCCGCGGGGUCACAUCAGAGCGUUUUGUUUUCCAUCCAGCCUGGAAAGGAAGACGGUUGCCAGGGACGCCGUGGAAUUAAUUAGACGCUAGGGCGGCCCCCGACGCUCACUUCCUCACAAACAAGCUGCUGUGCCCCAUCACACCUGACCACUUCUCCUCACAGGAUGCCGAGCCAGCUGGAGGGCGCCAUGGACGCGCUGAUAGCGGUCUUCUACAACUACUCGGGCCACGACGGGGACAAGUACAAGCUGAACAAGGGCGAGCUCAAGCAGCUGCUGCAUAGCGAGCUCACCGACUUCCUCACGUCCCAGAAGGACCCGCUGCUGGUGGAGAAGAUCAUGAACGAUCUGGACUCCAACAAAGACAACGAGGUGGACUUCAACGAGUUUGUGGUGCUGGUGGCGGCCCUCACCGUGGCCUGCAACGACUUCUUCCAGGAGCAGCAGAAGAAAACCAAGUAGACCUGAGCCCUGAACAUGUUCCCCGUUGUUUUUCCAUUCAACUGUAAAUCAAUUUGAUCAUUGUAAUUAUUGAUAAGUCUUGUAUUGCACAGUCCAUUCAAUAAAUGUGAUGCCAUUUUC